UGGGUUUUCUAGAAGAUGAGUGUUUGUGUGGACGAAGAGGACGGAGCAGAGUCUCCACCAUCCAGCUGUGUGUCUAUGAGAAGUGACUGCUCCAAAGAGAAGCCUCCAGAUUUAAGUACUGAACCUGGAGCCUCAGAUACAAAAGAGAAGAAAAGGAGUCGUGUUCCUGUGGAGGAGCAGCCGUCCUGCUGUGAUGUGUGUCAGGAGGUUCUGAAGGAUCCAGUCAGUAUCAGCUGUGGACACUGGUUCUGCAGGCAGUGCAUCACCUCAUACUGGGACCAGUCUGGACCAACAGGAGAAUCUUCCUGUCCCCACUGUGGGGAACGACCUAGAACCAAGGUUGGGCUGCAGACGGAUCAGACCAGAACCAUCCAAAAUGUUGCUCUGCAGGAGGCUUUAGAUGAAAAUAAGCUCAGUCUGAGGAAAAGAUGUGAACGUGUGACUGAGGGAGGUCAAACAGGAAGUGGAGUCCUCCUCACCAGCAUCUACACUGAGCUCUACAUCACAGAGGGACAGAGUGAAGAGGUGAACACCCAACAUGAGGUGAGGCAGCUGGAGACAGCUUCCAGGAAGAAGACCCUGCAUGAGGCUCCCAUCAGGGUCCAUGACAUCUUUAAAGCCUCCUCUGACCCACACGGACCCAUCAGACUGGUUCUGACCAACGGCGUCGCUGGCGUUGGAAAAACCUUCUCGGUUCAGAAGUUCACUCUGGACUGGGCCGAGGGACGGGAGAACCCAGACGUCAGUGUGCUGGUUCUGCUGUCGUUCAGGGAGCUGAACCUGAUCAGAGAUGAGCAGCACAGUCUUCUCACGCUGCUUCAUGUUUUCCAUCCAACGCUCCAGAAGGUCCCAGCAGAGCAGCUCGCUGUCCUGAAGCUUCUGUUCAUCUUUGACGGCCUGGAUGAAAGCAGACUCUCACUGGACUUCAGCCACAGGGAGCUGGUGUCUGACGUCACACACAAGUCAUCGGUCAAGGUGCUGCUGACCAACCUCAUCCAGGGGAACCUGCUUCCCUCGGCUCUGGUCUGGAUCACUUCCCGACCCACAGCGGCCCAUCAGAUCCCUCCUACGUGUGUGGACAGGGUCACAGAAGUACGAGGCUUCACCGACGCCCAGAAGGACGAGUACUUCAGGAGGAGAUCCAGCAACGAGCAGCUGUCCAGCAGAAUCAUCUCACACGUCAAGACGUCCAGGAGCCUCCACAUCAUGUGUCAGAUCCCAGUGUUCUGCUGGAUCACUGCUACGGUUCUGGAGCACAUGUUGACUACAGAGCAGAGAGGAGAGCUGCCCAAGACCCUGACGGACCUGUACUCACACUUCCUGCUGGUCCUGACCAAGAGGAAGAGGAACAAGUACCAUGAGGGACAUGAGACCAGUCCACAGGAGCUGACGGAGGCUGACAGGGAAGUUCUCCUGAAGCUGGGGAAGCUGGCGUUUAAGCAUCUGAAGAAAGGAACCGUCAUGUUCUACCAAGAAGACCUGGAGCAGUGUGGUCUAGACGUCACAGAGGCCUUGGUUCACUCAGGAGUCUGUACUGAGAUCUUCAGGAGAGAGAGUGUGAUCUUCCAGAAAACAGUCUACUGCUUUGUUCAUCUGAGCGUUCAAGAGUUUCUGGCUGCUGUUCACAUGAUGCACUGUUACACCAAUGGGAAGAUGGAGGAAGUGAAGAAAUUCCUUAAAUAUUACUGUUUAUCACAUCUGAGUCUGUUUCUGAGGGGAGCCAUGAAGAAAUCCCUCCAGAGUCCAAGUGGCCACCUGGACCUGUUUGUUCGCUUCCUUCAUGGCCUCUGUCUGGAGUCCAACCAGAGAAUCUUAGGAGGUUUGCUGGGUCACACAGAGAACAGUCCAGAAACCAACCAGAGAAUCAUCAACAACCUGAAGGAGAUGACAAGUGAUAGAAUCUCUCCAGACAGAAGCAUCAACAUCUUCCACUGUCUGAUGGAGAUGAACGACCACUCAGUCCAUCAACAGAUCCAAGAGUUCCUGAAGUCAGAGAACAGAUCAGAGAAGGAACUCUCUGAGAUCCAGUGCUCAGCUCUGGCCUACAUGCUGCAGAUGUCAGAGGAGGUUCUGGAUGAGUUGGACCUGAACCAGUACAACACAUCAAAUGAGGGACGAUGGAGACUAAUCCCAGUUGUUAGGAACUGCAGAAAGUUUCAAUUUGUUAAGUGUUACCUGUCAAAGACUCAGUGUGAAGUUGUGGCCUCAGCUUUGAAGUCCAACCCGUCACAUUUGAUACAUCUGGACCUGAGUAACAACAAGCUACAGGACUCAUUAGUGGAGGUUCUGUGUGCUGGACUGAAGAGUCCUCACUGUCGACUGGAGACUCUGAGAUUGAUACACUGCAGGUUGUCAGAGAUCAGCUGUGAUUCUCUGGCCUCAGCUCUGAAGUCCAACCCGUCACAUCUGACAGAAAUGAACCUGAGUCAGAACAACAUACAUGAUUCAGGAGUGAAGCAUCUGUGUGGUUUUCUGGAGAAUCGUCACUGUCGACUGGAGACUCUGAGAUUGAGUGGCUGCAGUUUGUCAGAGAUCAGCUGUGAUUCUCUGGGUUCAGCUCUGAAGUCCAACCCGUCACAUCUGACACAACUGGGCCUGAGUCAGAACAGGCUGCAGGAUUCAGGAGUGAAGCAUCUGUGUGGUUUUCUGGAGAGUCGUCUCUGUCAACUGGAGACUCUGAGAUUGAGGAGCUGCUCUAUGUCAGAGAUCAGCUGUGAUUCUCUGGUCUCGGCUCUGAAGUCCAACCCGUCACAUCUGACACAAAUGGACCUGAGUGACAACAACCUGCAGGAUUCACCAGUGAAGCAUCUGUGUGGUUUUCUGGAGAGUCGUCACUGUCGACUGGAGACUCUGAGACUGAGUGUGUGUGACCUGUCAGAGAGAAGCUGUGAAGGUCUGUCCUCAGUUCUCAGCUCUCAGUCCUCUGGUCUGAGAGAACUGGACCUGAGUAACAACAACCUGCAGGAUUCAGGAGUGAAGCUACUGUCUGCUGGACUGAAGAGUUCUCACUGUCGACUGGAGACUCUCAGGCUGUCAGGCUGUCUGCUCUCAGAGGAAGCUUGUGUCUCUCUGGCCUCAGCUCUGAGCUCCAACCCCUCCCAUCUGAGAGAGCUGGACCUGAGCUACAAUCAUCCAGGAGACUCAGGAGUGGAGCUGCUGUCUGCUGGAGUCAAGGAUCCACACUGGAGACUGGACACUCUCAGGGUGGAGCCUGGUGGAGUCCGAUGGUUGACACCAGGUCUGAGCAAGUAUUUCUGUCAACUCACCAUUGACACAAACACAAUGUACAGAGACCUACAACUGUCUGAAAACAACAGGAAGGUGACACAUGUGGAGGAGGAUCAUUCAUAUCCUGAUCAUCCAGACAGAUUUGACCAGUGUCCUCAGCUGCUGUGUAGUAAUGGUCUGACUGGUCGCUAUUACUGGGAGGUUGAGUGGAGAGGAUACGUUGAAAUAUCAGUGAGUUACAGAGGAAUUAGAAGGAAAGGAGCCAGUAGACAUUGUUGGUUUGGAGACAACGAUCAGUCCUGGAGUCUAUUCUGCUCUGAUGAUGAUGGUUACUCUAUCAGACACAAUAACAUAGAAACAUCCAUCUCCUCCUCUGUGUCUGACAGAGUAUCAGUGUAUGUGGACUGUCCUGCUGGUUCUCUGUCCUUCUACAGAGUCUCCUCUGACAAACAGAUCCACCUUCACACCUUCAACACCACAUUCACUGAACCUCUUUAUCCUGGGUUUAAGUUCUGGUCUGGUUCCUCAGUGUCUCUGUGUGACGUGUCAUAGUGAGAGUUUGAUCCUGUCAGAGAAACGUUGUCACAGUUGAACAUAGUUCAGUCUGUUCAUGUCUGUCUUAUUUUCAGAUUCAUGUAUUAAACCAGUUUCUUUCUGAA